CACGAAAUUUUGCUUGUGUGACCUGUAAAUCCCGCAAGUCUCAAUAUGUGGACAGCUGAAUCUGGAGUUGUACAGUUAGCGCGUAAAUAAUCAAUCUCGUCAGUUUACCGUAAUAAUGUCGUCUAAGGCAAACGUAGUCUUAGAGACUUUGAUUGUUGCUUUAAUCUAUUUCAACGUAGUAGACUGUGACACAUGUCCAGCAGACAGCUUUGCAAACUCCUUAGCAGCUGACCAAUUUAGUUGUGCGAAGAAGUGGUUGCCGGUCAAGCAGCUUCAUUGGACUAAGAAGAAAAGAAUACUGGUAACCGGUGGUGCCGGUUUUGUUGGCUCUCAUUUAGUUGAUAAAUUAAUGCAAGAUGGUCAUGAGGUUAUAGCUCUUGACAAUUUUUUCACAGGAAAACGACAUAAUAUCGAACAUUGGAUUGGACAUAGUAAUUUCGAACUUUUACAUCAUGAUGUUACCAAUCCUAUAUAUGUGGAAGUGGAUGAAAUUUACCAUUUAGCUUCACCAGCGUCACCUCAACAUUAUAUGCAUAAUCCUAUACGUACUAUUAAAGCAAACACAUUGGGUACUUUAAAUAUGUUAGGAUUAGCUCGUCGUACAAAUGCCAAAUUUUUAUUCGCUUCUACUUCAGAAAUUUAUGGCGAUCCUGAAGUCCACCCUCAACCUGAAUCCUAUUGGGGUAAUGUAAAUCCAGUUGGUCCAAGAGCUUGUUAUGAUGAAAGUAAACGACUUGGUGAAACAAUGACUUAUGCUUAUUUUAGACAUCUUAAUCUUCCUGUUAGAGUUGCUCGUAUAUUCAAUACAUAUGGACCAAGAAUGCAAGUUAAUGAUGGUCGAGUGGUAACUAAUUUCAUUGCACAAGCAUUAAACAAUGAAUCGAUUACGGUAUAUGGGUUAGGAGAACAAACUAGAUCUUUUCAGUAUAUCAGCGAUCUUGUGAAUGGUCUUGUAGCUUUAAUGGAAUCCAAUUAUACAAUGCCUGUUAAUUUGGGAAAUCCUGUCGAGUUUACAGUGAAUGAAUUAGCAAUCAUGGUCAAGAAUUUUACAGUAACCAAUCAGAUUUGAAAUAGGGGGUUUUCGAUUUUGGCGCGAAAUCCACUCACUUAUAUGGUUAAAUACCAUUUUGGUAUCUAGCUGAUGCCAGUUCAUGAUGAAAAUUCCAACUUUAAUUCCUAACCCUAACUUCCAACUCUAAAUUUCGAUUCCGAUUUCUCACACUAAUUUGUGACCUUCUUUAAACCCUAGUAGAUUGGUGGGUUUGCUGAAUAUCACUUUGUCGUUGCUCAAAGGUCGUCCAUAAAUUAUGGUUCCAACUUGUUCCAUUAAUUUUAUAGCUCACCAUAAUGGUUUUUCAUUUUUCAAAUGAAACCCCACAUAAUCACAUCUUUCUACGGUAAACGGAACAGUGCGUUUCCAGCCUUGUACAUAUA